AACGAACGUCGUUCGGCCAGCGGACCAGUUUCGCCGUCGUGGCGAGUUGGGUUCAUCUCCGUGGAUGAAGCUUGGUCGAUGACGGCCAAUUCAGUGGGGUUGGGCAGGAUGGGUUUUGGAGCUAAAUGCCAAGUGUGGCGAGUCUGGGUUUAGGGAUUGCUAACGAGGACGGAAGAGAUGAAGGCGGGCAGGAAGAAUUUGAAGCGGGACGCGUUGCUGAACGGAGUUGAGGAGCCGACGGCGGGGCAUGUGUUGAUGCGCGUGGUAGGAUUGCGGGGCGGCAACAUCGUUGAGGCGGAGAACGCUGCGGGUGAGAACACUCUUUGUCUACUCCCUGCAAAGUUUCAGAAAACCAUUUGGGUAAAGACCGGCACGAUUGUCAUUGUGGAUGAGGCGGACAGGGAGAAAGCGAUCGAGGCCGGAAGCAAGGUCACGGGGACUGUCACCCGGGUUCUGCUUGAAGAUCAAGCGCGGGCUCUUCGGAAAUCAGUGUCCUGGUGGCCUGAGUCUUUUAAGGAUGAGAGAGUGGCUUCUAAAGAUGCCAAGGGGGAGAGUGCUGUAGUUUCAAAGGCUAAGGAUGUAGGAGGGGACGGCGAUGGAGGAGAAUCUGGUGAGGAGAGUUGUGAGAGUGACGAUGACGGUUUGCCGCCUCUUGAAGCGAACUUGAACAGAAAACAUGCCAUGAGCACGUAUGAGUAUGUAGAUUCAGAUGAUAGUAGUGAAGAGGAGGAUUCUGGGCUUGAGAGUACCAAGCGUACACACUCAUAGCUCUAGAUGUGUUUCCGUGCUAGGCUGCUCAAAUUUGUGAAAAAUAUAUCCCCUGAAAUUCUUUGCCAGUUGAUAAUUUAGGUGUCUGUGUGCUCA